UUAUCUAAGCAACUCAUAAGAGAAUACAAAAAUUUCAGAAUUUUGAGCUCUAGAAAUAGUGAGAAUGACUAAAUUAACUUGUUAUGGUCUACAUAUUCUAAACCCGCCGGGACUUCUUUGUCAAUAGAAUAAAUAAUUUUUUCAGUUGAAAUCAUAAUAUAUAUAUUGUUAACCAAAAGAACAACCAAAAUCCAAAUCAAAUGGAUAUUUCUUUUCAUAAAAAGAAGUAAUUAAAUUGUGAAUUACGUCAAAAUUUCGGAUUAAAUUCAAAUUAUCUAUGAUUAUGAUCUUUUCACUCUUCCACCACUAUAAAUUAUUAUAGUUUCUUUUUUCCUUUUCUUAAAAUAUGCUCUAAAUAAACAUAUUAUAAUCCAUAGGACCCACUUCUACAUGAUUCUCCUACAUUAUAAAACCCUUCUCCCACUUCCUCCUCCUAAUGGCUUCAAACUAACUUCCCAAGUCUUCACACAAAAUCAAAUCAUACAAACUCUUACAUACUCUUAUAAACCAAACUAAAACCAUGAUUUCGGCGGAAAUCACCGGAUAUUUCCAAUAUCUACCACCGGAAUACCACAUAAUAAACAUGCCUUCAUCUCCAACCUCUUCCUUAAACUACCUAAACGAUUUGAUCAUCAACAACAACUAUUCCUCAUCAUCCAACAGUCAAGAUCUCAUGAUGAGCAACAACUCAACUUCCGACGAAGAUCAUCAUCAAAGCAUCGUAAUACUCGACGAGAGGAAACAAAGAAGGAUGCUUUCAAACAGAGAAUCUGCAAGGAGGUCGAGGAUGAGGAAACAGAGACAUCUUGACGAACUUCAGGCUCAGGUAAUAAGGCUUCGUAACGAGAACAACUGUCUUAUCGAUAAGCUGAACCAAGUAUCUGAGACUCAAGAUAGUGUAUUGAAGGAGAACUCUAAACUCAAAGAAGAAGCUUCUGAUCUCCGACAGCUUGUUUGUGAACUGAAAUCUAACAAGAACAACAACAAUAGUUUUCCAAGAGAGUUUGAAGAUAAUUAGUAUUUCAUCGGAGGGGCAGAGAUUUUGAGUUUGUGUCAUUACUUCUCUGUAUCAACAGGAAAAAAAUCGAGGGAUUUUGGGUUUUGGUUGUUUCUCGAAUAUUUGGUAACGAUGAUAUAUUUUUAUUAUAUACAUAAUAUAUAUAUUGAAGCUAAAUAAUCUUAGCUUUUUUAAAAGUUAAAUGAUCUAGCUAGUUCUUCGGCAUAUUCAUGUUCUCUAAUUAUAUAAAUAACCAUAAUCCUAAACAUACAAGUA